ACAUUCAUGGCUGGAUCCUGGAUUGAGCACAGACAAGCAAAUCAGUUGCAUCAUCGCCAUUGAUGCAUCGCUUCGAAAGUGGGUUGUAAUUUAAGGAAAAAUACUCCUGGUGUAAGCAAACCGAAAAGGGCACCGUUGAGAACUCAAACCGAGGUGUCGCCUUAUAAACAGCAAAAGCAACAAAAAAGUGACGUGCCCAACGGCCAAAAGUUUCUUCUUCUGUGCGCUUUCAGACGGCUCGGUUUCCGCAAUAUCCCACAUUCAAUUCUCUUACACGGCUCGGUCCCUCAUGCCUGCACCACAGCAACAGGACUGGCCACCGCCUACUCCAUUAAUGACGGAGWUGAAGGAGAGGGAGUGGAGGUGUUUUCUAUUUAUCCCUUUCUAAAGGAAGGUUUCAUUUCAUGGUUGGUUUAGCUGAAGGGCCGAGAGUACGCGCUCAUUGUAGCAAACCAGCAAAGUUGCCUCAUUUUCUGAACUCUGAGGAGUGAGGAGCUCUGUUUUGAGUUUUGGGUUCUGCAGAAAAAGUGAUAUUGACAUAAUGAAGAAUUCUGAGGCCUGGGUUUUGGUCAUGGCGGUUGUUACAGCUUUGGUGCUCCUCCCCUUCGCCAGCACCUCGUCCUUCUCUGAGGUCUUCCAGAGUCACGAGGAUGAUAUGUUGGGGAUUGCAACUAACGGGAAACUGAAAGAUGAUAACUAUAGUCCAGACUAUGGGAAAAAAAGAAACAUKGGCAAUUUGAACCUGGAAGAUUAUGGAAUAUUUGAUCCACCUCCACAUAUUGGCAAUGGGAAACUGAAGGAUGAUAACUAUAGUCCAGACURUGGGAAAAAAAGAAACAUKGGCAAUUUGAACCUGGAAGAUUAUGGAAUAUUUGAUCCACCUCCACAUAUUGGCAAUGGGAAACUGAAGGUUGAUAACUAUGGGAGUAAAAUGAGCAUGGACAAUUUGAACCUGGAAGAUUAUCAUUCUGCUGAUCCACCUCCAACGUCAAAGGUCACUAUAAAAUCAGGGCCCAUUGAGCAUGGAACUCCUCUUAUUCCUUACAUUCCAAAGCCGACGCCCCCAGGUCACCCAAAGCAAGGUGGAUCUCCUUGACCUACUUAAGCAUCUUGGACCCAGAUUAGCUGGUUCUGUUCCACUUUGAUGAAUAUGCUAAAACUAAAUAAUAUAUACAAUUUGAACCCUUGUUUUAUUAGCACGUUGUUUUGUAUUGGUGAAUAAUGUAGAAACAUAUUAUCUAAGAAAUGUUAACACCUUGUUUUGUAUUAAUUA